AUGCAGUUUGGGGCCCCUCACUCCACUACCACUCCCGUUUUGAUUGAUUUUGUUCUUUGACUUAUUGUUUUUCUCUUCUUUUCUUUUCUCUGAAUUUAUUUGAUUGCAAAUUGUUUCUUUGGUUGUUCAUUUAGUUGAGGGUGGGUUUUAAGUUUGUGUUAUUCUGUUAUGUUCUUUUCAGUUUGUAUAUUUGUUAUUUAGUUCUAAUUAAUGAUUUAAUUGGUUAAUGGGGUUCUUGUUUUGUGGUUUGGUUUGGGUGUGUGGGUGUGAGUGUUGUGUGCACGUGUGUGUUGUGUUUUAAUAUUGGCCUUUAUUGUAUUCUUCUGUCCGCCUGAGUGUCCCCUCCUCUUUCAUAUGUGGUAUUAUAAUUUGGUUUGUUUCUUUUCCAGGGCAGGAGUGGAGCGGCAGACGUCCCCGGUGGUGGUUCUCCUUUCACUCCUUAUGUUCUGGUGUGGCACGUGGUGAUUUGCUUCAUCCAGCCUUCAGAGCAUUGAUACUUCUCACCAUGUCAACCCGGCCCACCCAGUCUUACCAUGAAGAUGCCUACAUGUCCCUGACGAGAGGCCUGAGAGAGCUGGACUUCCGGGGCCCCCGUGUUCCAAGUAACCUUCUUCUGACUGGAGACCAUGCCUUUCCUUUAGCAGUGAACAGCCAAGGCCAGGUCCUGAUGGCAGCCUCUCUGUAUGGAAAAGGAAGGAUCGUGGUCCUGAGUCACGAGGGCUACCUGACCACCUUUCCUGCUCUGGUAGAGAAUGCUCUGACCUGGCUGAGAGGAGAUGGAUCAGACAACUUGUCUGUUGGGGUUCAUAAAAACAUGCAGGCAGUUGCUGAUAACCUCAGCAAAUCCAUCUUCCAAACUAAAGUUGUGGAGGCCUUUAGUGACAACCUGAGGGUCGGUGUGUAUGUGACUGAUGCCUACAGUGGUGGUAGAAAUGUGAGAGACCUGGUGGCAUUUAUGAAAGCUGGAGGAGGAGUGCUGAUAGCAGGUCAGGCAUGGCACUGGGCUCAUACACACCCUAAGGAAAACAUACUGCUUCAGUUUGUGGGAAACAAAGUUUCUGGUGUAGCAGGGAUCUACUUUUCUGAGCAUUAUGGUGCGGUAGAGUGUCUGCCUGUCUACCCUCAGUUCCCAUCUUCAUGGAUGGCUCAAGUAAUCACUACGAAUUUUGAGGAUGACCUGGAGUUCUUACUCCAAGGGGUUUCAGAGUUUGACCUCCAGGGUGGUUCAUUAUCUUCUGAGGUUCUGGUCCAUGGCCCACUAGCCUUUCCCAUUGGUACCACAGAUGAUGGACGAGCGUUCUUGGCAGGAGGCUAUUAUGGGCAGGGACGAGUGAUUGUGGUUACACAUGAAGGAUUUCUGGGACGAGAGACACUGGCUCCAUUUUGGAUCAAUGCCAUUCAGUGGUUGGAUCAAGGCCGGCAGGGGGUCAUUGGUGUAGUGCCAGAUCACGCACUCAAAGUUCUCAGCAGGUCGGGGCUACAGUGUAACAAGACAAACUUCAGUGAAGACCUGAGUGUAUUUGUGUGCACAGCGUACAGCGCUGAUCGUGCACAGGAAAUCCAAGACUUUGUGGCAGAGGGAGGAGGCCUGCUGAUUGGUGGACAUGCCUGGUACUGGGCACAGACUCACCCCGGGCAAAACCCAAUGACAGAUUUCUCAGGAAACAAGAUCCUGAAUAAAAUGGGCUUGAGUCUGUUGAAGGCAACAAUCGGUGGAGGUUUAUACAAGGCCCCUGUGCCCAGCCAGGCCCUCAAUGACACCUACCACUUCCGUCAUCUUCUACACCGCUUUGCUGACCAUGUAACCCAGGGAGAAAAACUUAAUGAGAAGGAGGAGGAAUGCCUUAAAAGGCUGGGCAAUGACUGUGCCAACUACUUGCAUAUGAUGGCUCAUGACUGCUGCACCUAUACACAGGUGGUGUCCACCCUCAGUGACAUCUUAAUGAGAUCAGGCAUGCCACAGGUGUGUGAAAACUGUCCUGUGAAGAGCCCUGAAGAUCACCUUCUGCUCAGUGUGGGGGCAGAAGUGUAUAAGGUUUGCCCAGAUCCUGAUGUGCUCCUCCCCUACCUCAUCAAGGAUAACUCCUUGCUGCCAGUUGUAUACAACCACAGAAUCAAGAUUAAUGUGAACACUGCAGAGGGUGACGAGUGGAUGAGUACAGGUCUUUACCUCUCUCCUGGUAUGAAGACCUACAUGGCUAUACCAGCAGAGAUUGUCAACAAGGGAUGGAAGAUCCAGAUUGGCUGUCAGACAGACCGUCUCAGUGCUGCAGAGCUGAAGAGAGCACCCUGUGUUUUUGAGCAAUUUCCUGUUACCUCAGAGAUGAUGCAGGUGUGGAACCUGUGGGGGGGACUCAUCUACCUGGUGUCCCCACCCAAGACCCAAGUAGAGGGUGCAGAGGUCAUAGUGCAGAUGGCUGUACCUGCACCAUAUUAUAAAUCUGGUGUGACAACAGAAGCUGAUUGGUCAUCGCUGCGCACAGCUCCGUCACCCUGGGCAGAGUUGGAGUUUGACAACAUCAUCCUAACUGUACCAUCAGAUGUGGUUCGGGACCUGGAGCGCCCUGAUGAGCUGGCGGCGCUCUGGAAUGACAUGAUGAAGGGCAUUGCUGACCUUGCUGCCAUACCACAUAAAUUUCCCCGCAAAGAACGCUUUGUAACUGAUGUGCAGAUUUCCCACGGUUGGAUGCAUGCAGGUUAUCCUGUCAUGGCGCACAAGUCCACAGCAGCUGAUCUGGUCAACAUAAACCAUAUUCGAAGUGGUCUGUGGGGUCCCAUCCAUGAACUGGGACACAACCAACAGAGAAGCUGCUGGGAGUUCCCAUCCCACACCACAGAGUGUACAUGUAACCUGUGGUCAGUGUAUGUACACGAAGAGGUGCUGGGGAUCAACAGAGCCAAGGCUCAUUCAGCCAUGACUUUAGCAAAUCGAAAUACUCGAGCCAAGGAGUACGCUGAGGGGGGCAGGAAUCUCAGCAGCUGGAAUGUGUGGGUGGCCCUGGAGACAUAUAUGCAGCUCCAGGACAAGUUUGGCUGGGAUGCCUUUAAGAAGGUGUUUGCUGCCUACCACAAGAUGAGCAACUUUCCCAAAGACAACAAAGGAAAGAUGAACCUGUAUGCUGAGACUUUCUCCCAGACUGUGGGGAUGAACCUGGCUGGAUUCUUUAAGGCCUGGGGUUGGCCCAUCGAAUCAGCCACUGAAGAGAAACUCUCCAACCUGCCUCCCUGGAGAGACCACCCCAUGGUCCAGUAUGGUUGAACUUCAGGAACAGCUGCUGAUUAAAAAGGCAUUGAGAUGGAGUUACUGAGUAGCAGCUUCUUGACGUAAACUAUUCAAAAGGAAAUUCUAUUAACUGACUUUCUUUUCCUCUUUGUUGUUUUUGUAUUUUUGCCAUUUUUAUUGAAAUAUUUUUUAAAAUAGUUCACCAGAUAUUUACAUCAUUUCAAAUUCAGUGGUUUCAUUUGGGGAAAAGUGUUUUACAGUGGUUAUGAAAGGGAAGUGCAUGAGGUGGGCAGCUGUUAAAUACUUUAAAAUCAAAAUACGAGGACCAAAAGGUCAUCAUAUGAACACUCUGUUGUAAGGAAAUCCACAGGGAAAUAAUAAAAAAAAGACCAUUUUUGUUUUGCAUGAUAGCAACACUCACUUUUGUUGAAAUGUUAAUAAUGUUCAUAUUUUCUUUUACUAUCACUGGAAAAGAGACCAAUAAACAUUCAUGUCACCA